GUGCUAAAAUCUGACAAUAUGUCAGAGAAACAUACAGAGAGCAAAGUAUCAAGAGAGGGAAGUAUCAAUACUCAAGAAGAAAAUUACAAUCUUUACACAUCUGCCUAUUACAAAUUGAUUUGUCAUAUAUAUAGUACAUAAUAGUCAUCAUCAAACUGAGAAAAAGAUUUUUCUCUUGAAGAAAUUGUAGAUGAUAAGAUAAAAUGAGAUUUUUGCUUUGUUGUUGUUGACAAUUCAACAACUACCACUCUCUGUAAGUGGUUCUAAUGGAAUGCAAAAUUCCCUGCUCAAUUCAAAGGUAAAGAUUGUUUCAUAGCCUUGUCUGAAAUAACAAUUCUUUGUUUAAUUACAUUAGCAUCCACAAGGUAGGGUACUGUAAAAAUCUCUGAAGAUCUUGAUAAGGUGCUGGCUCCUCUCCCAGUUUCCUGAUUCAGUAGUUUGAAAACUAGAAAAGAUGUCCACUCCUAAAGUAGGGGCUGAUCAAUGGCUGGAGCAAAUAAAAAACAUACAAAAUCAUGGAGAAGAACAGAAGAUAGCAUCUCAUGUGCAUCGAUACAUUUUCACUGUACCAGAGUCCUUGCGUAUCGAAAGGCAAGAAGCUUACGUGCCUCAGGUAGCUUCUCUAGGACCUUACCAUCACCUUAAACUUGAGCUGUAUGAGGCUGAAAGAUAUAAAUCUCGGCUUACUAUCCAAGUUGAGAAAAGUGCAAAGAAGGGGCCUUUUGAGGUUUUGGUUAAAGAGAUCAUUAACAUGGCGCAGGAGAUAAGAAACAGCUACAAUGAUCCUAUUAAAUGUAACAAUGAGGUAUUAGGGUGGACGAUGGCUCGAGAUGCUGUCUUUAUUCUGGAGUUUCUUGGCUGCUAUAACCUAUGUAAGAGCCCACGGUAUCAAGAGGCAAACCCUUACCUCCAAUGCGUGGAUGCAGUUUUUCACCCAGAAAGAAAGAGCCCAUUGUUCUUCCCGUUUCAAGCUGAUAUUUUUAAGCUGGAGAACCAAGUCCCACUCUUCAUUUUGAAAAAAGUUCUGGCAUGGGAAACUGGCUCAGAAGAUCAAGCAAUGGACAGACUUAAAAUGGCAAUUUCAAGUGCCUGUAAGAAGUUCUCCCCUUUCAUACCCGUUAAAGAAUCAUAUCAUUCCCUUACACGAGCACACAGCAAUAUUUCACUUGAUGAAAGGCAUAUACUGGAAUGCCUUUACAAUUUUGUAAUCCCAAAUGAAAAUGCUGGUCAGGUUAGUGUUUCUGUUGAAGAUGGUCCGAACAGAACCGUGGCGAGGUUCAAAAGUUUUCACUUUCUUCGCCAGAUAACAUCAAGAUUUAGAGAAUUUUUGUCUCAGUCUCCAAAAUCACGUGUCAAGCCUGACAAAAAUCUGCCUUCGGCCGCAGAAUUACACAGGAGAGGAGUAAAAUUUGCUCCUUUUACAUGGGCAUCUGAAAAAAUAAGGUUUGACCGAGCCAGUUCUACUCUGUUCCUCCCCUGUAUAGAAAUGGAUUACAGAACAGAUGUUUUCUUGAGAAACAUGGUGGCAGUGGAAGCAUUCAUGAUGUGGAAAACCAGAGUGUUUACUUGCUACGCAGAUCUGAUGGACAGACUCAUUGACACUCCUAGUGAUGUUGCAGUGCUGAAAAGGUAUGGAAUCAUCACCAGCGACUUGGGAAGUGAUAAAGAAAUAAGCAAUCUGUGGAAUGGCAUUCGCAGAUCAAUAUGGAGGAGUGCAUAUGAGCCCAUUGACCAAACUAUCAAGGAUGUAAAUGCUUAUUACAGAAGCAGAUAUGGAGUUUUACUGGGUGAGUUUCUACAGGAACAUUUUUCAAACCCAUGGCGAGCUGCAUCAGUGGUGGGAGCAUGUACUCUGCUUGUCCUAGCUUUCUUGCAGACACUAUUCUCAUAUUAUCAACUGCACCCUUGUUAUCAUCAUCAUAAACCCUAGUAGAUAUAUACACCUCAUUUGUAGCAGAGUUAGGUCACACGUUCAAAUCUCACAGAAGGUAAGGUCAGGCCAUCUCUACGGCAUGGCCAUGAACUAUGGUGUGUCUUAAUUUACAAGAUAUAUAUGAUGUACUCGUAGUAACAUAUCCAUAUGCUAAGAGUUGUGUGGUAAGAUUUCAUGUCUAAUUUCUACUGAAACUGAAAGGAAAUGUCUCUGUAAUUCCUAUUUGCUGUAUUAUAUCUUUUCAAAUUGUGUA